AUGCCUGCUGGUCGACUCGAAGAAGAAUUCUCAUCUCCUCAUGCUGCCUGGGGGGCGUCGACUCGUCCGUUGCACCGGGUCGUCCCUCACCCCAGCCAGCAAUCCCGUUUGAGCAAGCCCGUCCUCCCAGUCUGCCGUAUCACGCGAAGGGGUUGCGAAGUCAGCCGCAAGGGUGGAGUGAAGGCUUCCCAAAUGAGGGAGUGCUGUGUGUUACACAGCGCUGCGUUCCAACGAGCUUUUUCGUAUAUGGCCUUUUUCAAGUCUUCACAUUUAAGUCCAUACAACCCCGAGACUACUGCCUCAUCGACCACCUCUACUAGCUCUUCACACAGUCAACAAUCAGCUACAGAAAGCCUUCCAACUCAUCACCUCAUCCUACACCACUGCCCUGUCUUUGUCCUCCAGGUUCCCUACCUCCUUCCUCAGGCUUCACAGCACCCACUCGACCUCUCAACCUCUCAGCCUCCAAACCAGUCAAUAUGUGCACAAUUCAGUACAUCAUCUACAACCAGUGCAGGUGCUGGGUUCCGCAGCCUUACGGACCGAACGGACAAAUACUUCGAAUCUGCAGACAAGCUGAAGAGGAACGCCUCGGCUUUGCUUGCCCCGAUUCACAGCGAGAUCACGACGUCAUUGCCAGGAGUCAGGGCUCAUGCAAAGAGUGCAUGUGGAAGCAGGUCCUGCAUUAAGCGCCCCAAGUACCAGGAGGAAGCACGAACGAGCGUAUCAGACAGCAUGGUUCUUUACAAGACGCUACCUGGACCACACCCACCUCCGGCAAGCACGAACGCUACCACAUCACUCUACCAUCUCUUGCGACUGAUUUGA